GAGCAAGUUGGCUGCACGCGCGCGCUUGACUUGGGUUUAUUAUACGUCGUCGUUGUUGCUGUUGUUGGGUGGCUGCUGGUGUUUGUGUUAUUUGUUGCAGCGUGCGAAUGUCGUGCCAAGUAGGAAGUGAGCAAGUGCAACUAAAGUGCAGUUAAAGCUACAAAGAGCGCUGCCUCAUCCUCUACUAACAGUAGCCAAUAGAAGCGAAUACCCCAAAGUGUUUUGCAUUUUUGUAAAUUCAGCUAAUCCUUUUUUGCCAUGUGCCUACAAUAUUUGGAUUAGUGGCAACUCCGCACUCAUCCCCCGCCCGCCAGUAGCAUGGCCAGCGAGCGUUUAGCCGGCGGCGGCGGGCGUCACUCACGUGUCAGUCCAACGCCGGGCCGUGGCAGCAAAAUUGCCUACACUCCAUGUCCCCGCUCCGAGCCACCACAGGAUCUCGAUCUGCCCGUGACGGGAAGGAAUUGCCUGGCAAUACCAAUGUCCUCGCUGCAAACGGCUAACGGACCCAACAGCAACAAAGAACGAUGUAGCGCACUAUCGGGCAUACCGAGUACCCCGACAACGACCACGUCCUUUACACAGCCCAGCAGCAACAGCCCCUACGAAGUGGAUGUGCCGCAACCGUUAGUCGAUCGAUCCCUGUCGCUGAUGCGUUGGAACAGCAGCAUCAAUCACGGCACCACUAACAGUCAGAUCCGACUGCAACAGUUGCAACAACAGCCAACGCAGCAACAACAUGCCGCCUAUCAACAACAGCAACAACAACAACAGCAGCAACAGCAGCAGCAGCAGCAGACAUUAAGUGCAACAAGUUGUCUGCUUACAGCUGCCGCUGCGGCAACGCGGCAAGGCAACUUUGGUGGUGGCAACGCGGGAAGCACUCGUGCAGAGCCCAUCUCCUUGGCAACCCUGGAUCGCGACUGUUUCAUCAUUCCGGUGCACAGUGUCGAUCGAUUUCUACCCGCAGGAAUACCAUUGCCUGCUUUGAGUGCGGAUGGGAAGACUUCAAGUCCGCUCAGCGUUUUAGAGGUAUCCGAUCCCAAAUUAUGUAUUCUAGUGCAUCUGAUGAGUCCCCUAGAGGCCAUAGAUCCCGUCAUGGAAUCACCACUCGCACAUCCGCUGCUCAAGCAACGCGCCAUUGCCUCGGAGCUAUUAACGGAGGUGCAACAGGCCAACACAGCAGUCGGCGGCAUGAUUCUAGCCAACAUGGAGAAGAACUCUGAAUUUCCAUUUAUAUCGUAUUAUCUGAUCAACACGAUGCAAACGGAUCCAUCGAAUUUCUAUGCCAGCCUGCGGGUCUCAUCGCUCUCCAAGUUUGAGCCCAAAACACUCAAAUACACUGCCGCCCACACGUUGGAUUUGUACAGCGAGGUGGCUUCCAUUUGUCGGCCGCCGCUGGUGCUGCCCUCGAAUGAGGCGGGCAGCUUUAAGAAAUCACAGACACCCGCCACGGGCUACAUUAUCAGCGUGUUCAAGGUCUUCGAGGGCGACGAUGGCGAGCGCUUUGAAAAGAACUGGUUGUACUGGACAGGAGCGCGCAUGCUGUACAGAUAUUUACCACGAGCUGCUGGACUGCGUCGGAUUGCGCUGCACAAGAGCACCUCGCAGAAGGGCGACAAAAUGUAUCUGUUGGUCUGCGAGUGUGCGGAACUAUUGAAGGAUAUCUCGUUGGCUGCCUUUUUGAUACCGGCACUGCGUGCUCGUCUCUGCGGCUACACAGGACUCUAUCGACCAAUACAGACUUUCUAAGGGCGAAAAUAUAUUAUAGAAUUCUA